UAGGUCGCCCCGCUUCCCACGCCGAUCCGUCGCGAUGGACUACGCCGGGAAGGCAAACGAACUCAUGGACAAGGCUCGGAAGAAGCUCGCGACGAGCUCCUUCAUGAGCAUGUUCUCGUCCACCAGCAAGUACGAGGAAGCCGCCGAGCUCCUCGAGAAGGCGUGCAACAACUACAAGCUCGCCAAGAUGUGGAGGGAAGCUGCGGACGGGUUCGCGCUCCUCGCCGACUGCCACGACAAGUCCGACAGCAAACACGACGCGGCCGUCGCGCACGUCGAGGCCGCCAACGCGCUGAAGAAGAUCGACGUCGACGCCGCGGUGGCGUCCCUGCGCGUCGCGGUGGGCAUGUUCCAGGACAUGGGCCGCCUCUCCAUCUCGGCCAAGCACCUGAAGGACAUUGGAGAGACGUACGAAAAGGCUGAAAACUUUGAAGCCGCGCUGGAAGCGUACGCGCAGGCUGCGGACAUCUACGCCGGCGAGGAAUCCAGCGCCACCGCCAACACGUGCAAGCUCAAGGUUGCCGAGAUCGCCGCGCUCGUGGAGCGGUACCCGCUCGCCGUGGAGCGCUACGAGGAAGUCGCCAAGGCGUCCAUGGACAACAACCUCCUGAGGUUCAGCGUGAAGGGGUACCUGCUGUGCGCCGGGAUCGUGCGAUUGUGCUACCAGGAGCCGCACGGGGUGAAGAACGCGAUGGAGAGGUACGAGGACGUCGACCCGAGCUUCGCCGGUAGCAGGGAACACAAGUUACUCGGGGAUCUCUCGGACGCGGCGGAGGCUGGCGACGCCGACGCGUUCACCGCCGCGCUCGCGGAAUACGAUUCGAUGAGCCGGCUGGACCCGUGGAAGACCAAGAUGCUGCUCAGGGCGAAGAAGAACCUGGCCAAGGCGGUCGAGGAGGAGGAGGACGACCUGACGUAGGUUGGUGGGUCGCGCCGUGGUGCGAGUAGUCGUGACGUAGCGAAGCGUUUGAAACGGAAAACCGUCAUC